AAUUACCGAAAAGGGUCGCAGCGGCAACCCGAGCGGGACGAUCGUAGCCGUUGGAAGAAAACAAGGCAUCCAUGCCUUCCCCUCGCUUCCGACUCGGUCACUCGAUCGGCCGUUUCUUCUCUACGAUCGUUGAGCGAGAGAGAAGGCUCCUUCCAGGAUUUUGGACGGAAGAUAACACUCAGACCUCAUUGACUAGGGUUCCUUUUCCUUUUCUCAGACGCAAAUAGAUCUCUACUAAGGUGGAUUUGAGCAGGUUUAAAUGGCCUCCCAAACUCCACUCUUUGUUCUAGAUGAAAAUUUGCCCUUCCCUAGAGGCAAAGGUGUUGAUAAUAUAAAGGCUGAUGUGCCCAAGCCUGCAAAGCCAGCACGUCAUGAACGGAAAGCUUUGCAAGAUCUUUCGAAAGCUGGAAGGCCUCUGCAAAUGGGUGCACCAAAGGGAUCUACUUUGAAAGAUAAGGCCGCGGUGCGUGGUCAUAAGACCCCCAAGAAUGCCUUAAAUAAUAGUGUUCUGACUGAUGAGGAAAUAAAGAAAUGUCAUGAGUCAUGAGUGGGCCAAGGAGGGAAUUGAGCAUGCCCAUUUUACAGGAACUGAGCAGCGAAAACUACAGAGAGAAAAGGAUGAAGAAUAUGCGGGAAAGAAAGUGGAUAAAGUAAUGUCUGCACUUCGUCAAUGGACUGACAUGGCCUAUAAUUUUGGAUUGGCAGUAUUGGAUGAUGCUGAUGUUAGUGAAGACAUUGUGAAGUUAGAGCCAGAGAUGCUUCCUCCCAGGGCCAGAUCUCACUUGAAUUCAGAUAAUGAUAAAUUAGAGGAUUUUCUUCUGGAACCUGAGCUUGACUGGUACCCAUAUGCUGACAAGACAUUUGAGCUCAAGCUCAAAGAUGAUGUAGAUGGCGAAGUUACUUGCAUCAGGAGCUGACUUGGCUCAAGUGGUCAAAAAUUUCUUUGUAGAAGAGGUGCUACCUGACAUCGCAGGUGGGAAAUCCAACUAAAGAUCACAGCACAUGGGCUCCCCUCAUUCCCAGGUUCGGUGCAUGCACGAGUGGUGCUUUUUGCAAGUCUUUUCGUCGCACCAAGCCCUCAUAUUCUUGGUUCUAAGGAUUGCUGCUGCUAAUUGACUGGUUCAUUGAAUCCUCCUGCCAACUAGUGAUCUAAACCACCCCCCCGUCUCGGUCCUCCGCCCUCCAACCUGUAGAAAGUGGGACCCAACUUCAGACCAGUUCCCUCCCCCCGUCAGUGGGGGCCCACCUUCCUUUGUCCCUCCCCGCUCAGUGAGGGCCCACCUCCCUUUGUCGUUGAGAGCCAGAGUCUCUCUCUCUCUCUCUCUUCCUUUCUAUUUAAACGAAGGAGCCCCUUAAUGGUCUCCUCCAUCUAAAUAGAACUAGCGAACCAGCUUCACAGUGCUACGACCUGCUCUCUCUCUCUCUCUCUCUCUCUCUCUCUCUCUCUCUCUCUCUCUCUCUCUCUCUCUCUCUCUCUCUCUUCUAUCUCUCUUAUUCUUGGACUCACUUGGAUGGGGAUGGGGAGUGUAAUAAUGGCAGGGAAGGAGGAGGCAUGGCUUGCGGUGGGGUUGGUGGCGGUGGGGUUGGUGUAUGUGGUGGUGUUGGUGGUGGAGGCGAUGUGGAGUAGCGCGGCGUCGCUGCUCCUCCCGUACUGCAGCGGCUGCUUCCCUGCGCAGUUGCUUGUUCUUCCUGAUCCGAAGAGCUUUCGCUUCGAUCGCUCCUCCGGCGGCGAAUAAAGAACGCUCCCGCACCUGGGAGACGUCCGGGUCGUCGUUUCUUAUUGCUCUCUUGGCAUGUCGAUGAUGGACGGAUGCAUGCAGAAAGCUUCUCCCUGUUGCUUGUCCAUCCUGAUCCCAAGAGCUUUCUCUUCGGUCGCUCCUCCGGCGGCGAAUAAAGAAGGCUCUCGCACCUGGGAGACGCCCGGGUUUCUUAUUGCUCUCUCGAUGAUGGACGGAUGGAUGGAGAGAGCUUAUAUUUUUACUCUGUUUAUUGAUUUUGUUGGUGUUGGGGGAAUAAGAUUUUUCUCCAAGUGACACGAAUGCCCCCAAGAAGCCACACAAUCGCCGACCCUGAAC